GUUAGCUGGUAUAAAGUAAAUAAAUCAAUCGCUCACCACGUGUAUAAUUUUGUAUAGUUACAAUUGAAAUUAUUUUAUUAUUUUAUAACAAUGGUUGUGAAAAGACCAUUUUUUGAACAGAUAAAUUAUAAUUGCCCGAAACGAAUAAAAGAAGAAACAAAAAAUGAAAAUAAGUCAAAUGAAAAUAAAAAGCAGGAGCCUACUAAACCUAGCAGUUCAAACAAUUGGGCUGAAAGUUUAUUACCGUCAUUACCUGAAGAAAUUCAAGCCUUGAUAAAUGAUAAUGAGGUCCAAAAUGUUAUUGAUAAAAUUAUACAGCUUGAUCACUUAAGUCCAUGGGCGUAUGAUUGUUUAAGUAAAAUCGCUCAGAUUAAUCCAUUGAUGAUUGAAGAAAAAUUACCAGAUGUAUUUAAAAAAAUUCUUCUAUCAAAAAAAGUAUCUGAGGCUGAAAAAUCAUCGUACUCAGCACUCUUACUAACUAUUUUAGAGGCUUGUGCACGACUCAGACGCGAAACUAAACUUGUACCAUGGAUUCUGAUGGCUCUUGACACCCACGUAUCAAGUGAUUUAAAUCAAAGAGCUAUUGAUAUUCUCCCAAGUACAUUUACUGAAAAAUUUACUCUAUCGACUUGCAAUAUGACCCACUCUCAAAUAAUCAGCGUUCUUAUGAGCUUCAUUUAUCACAUAGAUCUCAUAAAAUCACAAUCUUCUCUCAAAGGUAAAACUAUUUUAAUUGAUACCGCAGGUCAUUUAUUAGUAGCAUUUUUUGAUGGAGUUCAUAUACUGAGUAGCAAUACACCUGAAAAUAUGCAAAAAAAAUUUAUUGAUGGUUUAAUUAAAUUGGGAAAUAUUUUAAAACAGUUUGUCGCAAUUGCUUUUACUGAUAAAAAAAGUAAUGACAUAAUUAUUGAGUCUAUACUGAUUGUCAUUAAAUCUUGGAAAGCAUUAAUUGCUUCAAUCAAAAAAUAUUCUGAUGCACUAACUGAAGAUUUAAUGACUUCAGUCAGGCAAAUUAUUGAUGAUAUUAAUCAAUUAGUUAAUACAAAGGAUCUUAGUACUAUAAAUAAAAAUAUUAUUAAAGUCCUAGUGGCCUGUCAAUUAGAAGACGAUAAAAUUAAUAAUACAUUCGAAAUCGAUAACAAAUUUUCAGAUAACUUGGAUAAUUGUUGGGAAAUGAUAAUUGAGAAAUAUCCAGCCACUAUUGCACGGAUGAAUGAGUUGCAGAUUAACACGUUGGCUCGUUUAUUAAUAGCUAAGACACAUUUUUCAGUUGAAAAUCUUUUAUUGUCUACUCCAGUUUCUUACUAUCAUGUACAAAAUGAUAAGCCAUUGGUGAUUCAGUGUGUUUAUAAUAUUUUUCAUGAUUUAAAUGAAAAAAUAAGAGAAUCUACUGGUACAACGAAAAAACUGUUGGAGAUAAUUAGUAAGAAAAAGUGGGAAAGUAAACGGAUUAAAAAAAUGUUGACUGAGUGCAAAGAAAUUUUUUACAAAGCUGAGUGGUUGUCAAUCGAUCAAAAAUUCGUUAAUUGUAUUGUAAAAAAUUUACAAAUACUUUUAAAGCUACCUUUGAUGUAUUUAACAAUGGAAUUGAGGACGGUUAUAUUUUUAAUUAUUUUUGCAAUUAAAAAAGAGGGAGAAAAUUAUUCGAGUAUUACGGAUUUAAGUCUUCGUAUUUUGUCAGAUGUUUCAGAAAAUAGUAAUAUUGACAUUUUACAAUAUCUUGAUCUAGAAUUACUUGUCAAUGAUUUAUUGAAGUAUGAAUCAAUUAGAAAAAUCUUUGAGUAUUCACUACGCAAUGUUAAUCACUACGAAAAAAUUGGAACUUUUGUAAAGGAUAAUAAAAACAUUGUUAAUUGUGCAGCACCUAUUUUAAUCGAGUGUUUAGAAAAAGUAAGACCUAAAAUAGUAGUGAAAACUGAAAAAAUUGUUGUUAAAAAAUUGCAAAAGAAACUAUGCAAACGGAUAUUGAAAUCUUUAGAGGAAAGUAUCAAAAGCCCGUACGACGUUAAAAGCUUCAGAGCAGCAGUGAAAGUUUCAAUAUCGACGAAAAAAGUUGAUGAUUCCUUACUGGAAAAAAUUAAAAAGACAAUAAAUAUUAUUUUUGGUAACAAUAUUGAACAACUAGAUCUAGAAAAUAAUCCGUUAGUCGAUGAAGGUUUGCAAUUGAUUCAAAUUAUUUUAUUACAUCGUGCGAAUGUAAAAAUUGAUGAUGCAAUAGUCAAGUGUAUCUGGAGUUUGAUGAUGAGAAAAAAUGUACCCGAUAUUGUAUAUAAUUUAAUAAAUGCAACUCCUUCAAAAGUAUUGGAAGAACAGUUGAAUACACUUGAGAAAAAAACGAUACAAAGUCUUGUAAAUUAUGACAAAACGAUGUUUAAAAAUAAUUUAUCAAUAUGGUGUAGUAUAGCUCAAACAGACAAAGGACAUGAUUCAAAUAGUGUUUGCCAAAAGCAUUAUCAAACACUGAUGAGAAAUUUCAGUACAUUGACAAUAACAAGUGAUAAUUAUUCUGGUAUUUUGAAAUUUUGUCAGGUGAUAGUCAAAGCGAAAAGAUCAGAAAUAAAUGACCUGCUUAUCGACUUGAUUAUUCUUGUCUGCAAUCUGUUUGUUAAUAAUUCAGGCAAUGGGACGAUCGAUUUAUAUGAACAAGUCACGGAAAUCUGUUCAGCUUUUCUCAAACAUCGAACUGCUAAAAUAACUAAUCGAUUGCCAGCUUUAUUGACUUUGUAUCGCAAGGUUGUGAAAUUUGUUAUCGAUGAAUCAAAAAAAAUUCCUACGAGUACUGAAUUGCUUUGUCUUGUUUUAAAUACUCAGAAAUUGGCAGUUGCUUUUGUAAAGUUGAAAAAAGAUAUUGCGAGAAUAAGUCCAUAUACAAUUGCAGAUAUAAUACAAAUGUAUUCGGAAGGUGUUAUACCAACGUACAUCAAGGAGCCAUUAGAUGAUUCAAUAAAUAUAUUUCUAAGUGUUUGUGAUCAACAUGCCGUUUCAUUACUUUUACGGACACUUCCAUCAUCAAUGCAAGAAAUAUUUAAGACAUCAUACGAUACUUAUACUAAAUUUUAUAAAUUUACUGGAAAAAUUUAAUCAUUGUCAAUUGAA